AUGGCCUCUCCUGUGCCCCGAGGCCUUCGCCAGGUCCUCCAGAAGUCCCCUUCAGAUAUCGUCAUUCUCUCCGCCCUUCGUACACCAGUGACUCGCGCGAAGAAGGGUGGAUUCAAGGAUGCUUAUCCCGAAGAGCUUCUCACCCACGUGCUCAAGGCGACUCUUAGGGCGAACCCGAACCUUGACCCAGCUUUGAUUGACGAUGUCGCUAUCGGCUCCGUCCUCCAGGAAUUGGGCGGUGCCAAAGCAGGGCGCAUGGCUCAGAUCCACGCCGGCUUCCCCCACUCGGUGCCUUUCCACACAAUCAACAGACAAUGCUCGUCCGGCCUGGCCGCUAUUACAGCCAUUGGUAAUGGAAUUCGGGCAGGUGCACUGAACGUCGGCGUUGGUGGUGGUAUGGAGUCUAUGACCCGGAACUACGGAUCCCGUGCUAUCCCGACAGUAUUAUGGCCUGAAUUGAAAGAGUCGCCAUCCAAGGAUGCUAGAGAUUGCAUCAUGCCCAUGGGAAUUACUUCUGAGAACGUCGCCGCCCGGUACGGUAUCUCGAGGGCAGACCAGGAUGCAUUCGCGGCCGAGUCACACAAGAAGGCUACAGCUGCCCAAAAUGCUGGCCUGUUUGACACCGAAAUCGUGCCUGUCAAGACCCUUUCUUUUGACCCUGAGAAUCCCGAUGCUGCCCCCAAGGAAAUCACCGUGACAAAAGACGACGGUAUCCGUCACAACAUUUCUGCUGAGAAGAUGGCAACUCUGAAGCCUGCCUUCAAGGCAGAUGGCACCAGCACCGCUGGAAACAGCUCGCAGGUCAGCGAUGGUGCCGCUGCUGCUUUGUUGAUGCGCCGUUCUACCGCUACGGAACUUGGCUUGACUGCUUCAAUCCAGGCUCGCUGGGUUGCCACAGCUGUGGCUGGAUGUGCUCCCGAUGAGAUGGGUGUGGGACCCGCGGUUGCCAUUCCCAAACUUCUUGAACUUGUCGGCAUGAAUGUUUCCGACGUCGGUAUCUGGGAGAUCAACGAGGCUUUCGCAUCGCAGGCUCUUUACUCUGUGCGCAAGCUUGGGAUUGACGAAGCCAAGGUUAACCCCAAGGGUGGUGCCAUCGCGAUUGGUCACCCCUUGGGUGCUACUGGUGCCAGGCAGCUCGCCACUUUGCUGCCUGAGCUCCAACGCACUGGCCAGGAUGUUGGUGUAGUCAGUAUGUGCAUUGGAACUGGCAUGGGUAUGGCGGGUAUACAGGAGGUGCGGCCGCGCCCCGUCCUUGUCCGUCAAUUCCUGCGAAAUGCCUCGAACGCAACACCUCUCACCGAACGAGUGCGCCGCAAGAUUUGGGGAACGGACAAUCCGCCAGGCUUAAAAGAUCCAUAUGGAGGCGAAGGUGUUCUCGAGCGGAAAUGGAAGAAUCAAUCUGGACAGCAGGAGGAAGAACCGGCUCGCGGGUCCACUGAAGCUCUGGAAACCCAGAGCGAGGAUGUCUUAUCUGGUGAUACCUACGAUCCAGCAACAACAUGGGAGGGUCUUCCUCGUAUUGGUCACCUGGGGAAGUGGUCAGACCUUCCCCCUACGGAGGCUGAUGCGUUCAACCCUUUUAUGCUCAAGAGGAAACUGACCAAGAAGGGCCACCUCCAUUUGGCAGCUCACCAAGCCGCAGUCGAACUCUGCCUGAUGCAUGCGCUGAAGAAGCCACUCACGAGGAUCUGCGACGUUGUGGAACACGAAAAGCCCGUUUUCAAGCUGAUCUGGCAGUGCAAGAUCGAGCCGAAAGCAGAGAGUCAAUGGGGCGAAUCUUUGAUCUAUCCGGACGGCGAGGCGAAGGAUGUUCUCGUUUACAUCUUCGAGCAGAUUGGUGGACGAGCUGAGACAACCGCCGCACCAGAGGUAGCCGAGGAAGAAGUGCAAGAGGACGCUGAGACAGCAGAAUAUGAGGAACCCGUCGAAGAGUCGACAUCGAAGGCCCACACCCCUCCAUUCUUCGGUUAUCGUAGUGUGCAGGAUAAGGGAUUCCUUUCUCUGUCAUUGAACGAUCCAGAAACAAAAUUUGCUUUCCUCAAGAGAUUGUCUCAAUUGAGCGGUCACUAUUUCCCUGAUCCUGUCAUGCAUUCGAUCUCCACAGUCAAGCAAGCAGUAGAAUACAUCGAGGGAGUCGUCCAUCCGAAGCCCACAAAGUUGGCCGAUCAAUUAGCCAACAACCCCGAGCUUCAGCACCUGCCCAACGUCAAGCUCUUUACUAAGCGCCAGACAGCUUUGCACAAGGAUGAGGAAUUGGGUCGGAAGAAGAUCAUUGAAUCUGAAUUUCGCGCAAGAGGCCUCAUUGAAUAA